AUCCCCAAGUCCACGCAGUGCACCACAUCAUCAUCUUGAAGACAUCUUGGGUUCAACUAAUGUCUGUAUGGGGUCAACAGGGACAUACCAAAGAGAGGUCAAUGAGAGGGUGUCAGUGUCACAUACUGCAACUCAUCUAACGUUACAGGCCCCACCACAAGCAUAUGUGGACCCUGUUGCACGGUGUCUUCCUAUGACCUUUUGAGAGUGAAGACCGCGCACGUGUAAGAGUCGAGGGGGAAGCUCAUAAUGCUCUCAGUGGUGGAGUGAGGGGAACAUGGAAUGUGUCCAGAACAGAACGAAGUAACUACUCUCAAACCCACCUGCAACUCAAUACAGUUUCAAGGCAUUUAACAUUUUGGCCGUUUAUCCAAUGCUCUUAACCAGAGCGACCCAUAGUCAGUGCAUUCAACUAAGUGACUUGGUUGGCUACUCACUGCUGCUUUUGAUGCCCGGGAAUCCAAGGCUGAGAAAUCUGUUUUGUUUUCCAUCAUGAAAUUAAGAUAUUCUGAGUUGAGGUUGCUGAAGGAAGUAUCUGCACAACUCCUAAAACGUGACAUCACAACAUUUCACAGGAGAUUAUGCAAAAAUGAUGGUCUCUUCCUUGUCCACCCGGCAGUAUCCCAGGCAUUGGCAGAAAACAGAGCAGUGGUGGCACUAGAGAGCACCAUCAUCACCCAUGGCAUGCCAUACCCACACAACCUGAGCACAGCCAAAGCGGUAGAAGCCAUAGUAAGGACAGAGGGAGCCAUUCCUGCCACUGUUGGGCUGCUCCAGGGCAGGGUUCAUGUGGGGUUGUCUUCAGAAGAACUGGACUACCUAGCACGGAGUAAGACGUCGCUGAAAGUGUCCCGCCGAGACCUGCCCUACGCCAUCAGCAAGGGUCUCUGUGGUGGCACUACGGUUUCAGGCACCAUGAUAGCAGCACACAGAGCCGGUAUCCAUGUCUUUGUCACUGGGGGUGUUGGAGGAGUGCACCGAGAUGGAGAGAAUAGUAUGGAUAUCAGUGCAGAUCUGACAGAGCUAGGCAGGACUCCCAUUGCUGUGGUUUCAGCUGGAGUGAAGUCCAUUCUCGACAUUGGCCGCACCCUGGAGUACUUGGAGACACAGGGUGUGUGUGUCGCCACAUUUGGGACCUCCAUGAAUUUCCCCGCUUUCUUCUCUCCACAAAGUGGGUUUACCUCCCCUUACCAUGUCAACAAUGCUGAGGAGGCUGCUGAUCUCAUUGCGGGUAACCUGUCCCUGGGUCUACAGAGUGGCCUGCUGCUGGCUGUGCCCAUCCCUAAGGAGCAUGCAGCAGCUGGAGAACAGAUUGAGAACGCUAUACAGGCUGCACUGGCAGAGGCUAAUGUUAAAGGUAUCAGAGGAAGGGAUUUGACGCCCUUCGUUCUUAAAAAGGUCAACGAACUGACCCGAGGAAAGUCCCUCCAGGCUAAUAUCGCUCUCAUUCAUAAUAAUGCCAGGGUAGGCAGUCAGAUAGCCUGUGCACUGUCUAAACGAAUGCAGAAGAAGACUUGGACACCUGCUCCUCACGGAAAGGAGAGAGAGAAAGAUUCGGACUCUCAGCCAAACAUUGUUGUCAUAGGUGGUGUGAAUGUGGAUUUUAUUGCCAAGGGGAAAACAAAUAAGCUGGUGUUUGGACAGACGAAUCCUGGAAGUGUCUGCCAGUCAUUUGGUGGAGUAGGAAAGAACCUUGCUGACUCUCUGAGCAGAAUGGGCCAAAGACCUCUCUUCAUCUCAGCUAUUGGAACUGACUCUCACAGUGAUGCUGUGCUGAACUACUGUCGGCACAUGAACACCAGUGGUAUUGCUGUGCUUAAGGAGCAGCGGACUGCCACGUAUUGUGCCGUAAUCACUGAGAGCGGUGAUCUGAGUCUGGGAUUAGGCGACAUGGACAUUCACCAGCAAAUCACAGAGCAGUAUGUGUCCCAGUUUGAGGAGAAGCUCUCAGCAGCCUCUCUCAUCUGUCUGGACGGCAAUAUACCCGUCUCCACCAUCAACUAUGUUUGCUCUGUUGCCAAGAAGCAUGCAGUGCCAGUGUGGUAUGAGCCAACUGAUUGUGACAAGGCCUGCAAGCCUUUCCUGUCAGACAGCUGGAAAGCCCUGGCCUACACCUCCCCCAACCUGACUGAGCUGUGUACCAUGAACAAGGCAUUGGGCCUCCUGACACCUGCAGCGCUGCCUAGCUCUGUGGAGGAAGUGCUGAGCUGUGCCAUGGCUCUCGCACGCCCCCUGCUGGACCACCUGCAGUGUGUGGUGGUGACCCUGGGGGCCAUGGGAGUGCUGCUGUGUGGAGAACAUAACGCUGGGUCUGUAGACCUGCAGCCUAGGAGAGGAACAAGGAAGGGUCGGCUAUGUGCCGUCCACUACUUUGCUCUGGCUCAGACCGCAGCCGAAAUGGUGAAUGUCUCAGGAGCCGGAGAUAGUCUUGCAGGUGGGAUAUUGGCUGGUAUGUUCCAGAGCAGAGACACUCACAGCUGUGUUAGGAUGGGGCUCCUGGCAGCACGCCUGUCACUGGCCUCCCCACAUCCCGUCUGCACCACUCUGACCACAGACUCUGUGGACCCAAACAAGUUCCAACCACCCCAAUCGUGGCCUCAACCCAACCUCCUGUGGAUGGAGGAAUGAAGAAAGAUCCAUUACUAUUAUGUUAUUAUCUUGUUCAACCAUCAACAUAACUUUUCAAUGUUUAGUUCAGGGGUGUCAAACUCAUUUUAUCCAAUGUGCUGCAUUUGGUCUUCAUCGAGGUCCAGAGAGCUGCACUGAAAAUUGGUUAUAUUUCAUUGCAAAAUGUGCUAAAUAUUGUCCAUCGUUUUGGGAAUUUAUUAUGCUCCCUGACUGUCUAGCAUUCCAUUAUGUGAUUGUUUGCACCCCUGAUGCUGUUCAUUUGUAUACAUUUUGUCAUAAUUUUCAAUAAAAUACUUUAAUGCUUCGAUUUA